GGAAGCGUGAACUCCGUGGAGAUAGUUCCUGGUAUACUAGUUUUGCGUGCAUCUUCCUUGUCCCAGCGCGAGGUGGUUGUGGUUUCGGCGAUGAGCUCCCAGAAAGGGAACGUGGCUCGUUCCAGGCCUCAGAGGCACCAGAAUACGUUUAGCUUCAAAAAUGACAAGUUUGAUAAGAGUGUUCAGACCAAGAAAAUUAAUGCAAAACUUCAUGAUGGAGUAUGUCAGCAUUGUAAAGAAGUUCUUGAGUGGCGUGUAAAAUACAGCAAGUACAAACCCUUAUCAAAGCCUAAAAAAUGUGUUAAAUGUUUACAAAAGACAGUGAAGGAGUCUUAUCACAUAAUGUGUAGACCAUGUGCCUGUGAUCUUGAAGUCUGUGCCAAAUGUGGAAAGAGAGAAGAUGUUGUUAUUCCGUUUAAUAAAGAACCAGAAAAGACAGAAAAUGUUGAAAAUAAUCUACGUUCCAGCCACAGAAGAAGCAGAAGAAAUGAAGAAAGUGAUGUUGAUUUAGAUUUUGAUAUUGAUUUAGAUGACACAGAAGAAGACAAUCAAAUGGAUUGAUGUAACUAUAUUAAAAGACAGUUUGAAAGCAUGAAAUUCUGAACAACUUUGAUUUUGAGGGUUUAAAAAAAAAAUACUGUGGAAUCCGAGUAAGGACAUUGGAAAAACCUAUAGAAAAUACAUGGACAAUGUGAAUUGUGUAUGAUAUUUGAAUAGUGAUAAAGCUUUCAUCCAGAGUUUUCUUAUAAUACAUUUUUAAGUAGCAUAUGCUAGUAUAUCUGCCAAAAUGAGUAUUGGAGUAUCGUAUUGCAGUUCAUGGGAAUUAUUUAGAAGAAUAUACUAUCUAGUAUCAAAUUAAGCAAGAUUCAGAAUUGAUGGUUGUAUAGAAACUAUCUCAUGGAAAAAUCAGAUGACAUUAUUAUGUUGCUAGCCUCAAAAAUUGGUCCUCAGGAGGUACCUUUUGAUAGAUUGAUUUCAGGUUAAUGUCCCACAUAACAAAAGCCCUCUUGCUUACGCUUGCUUGUUGUAAAGCAAAAAGUUUAUUGUUUUUUAAUAAUAAUGUUUAACAAGUAUAUAGCAGUUUUUCUUUGAAAGUGUUUUUAUGUAUC